AUGUCCAAUCUCUCAGCGUCUCCAGCGCCGACAAUCUCGUCCGAUUUGUCCUCGACAUCACCAUCUGCUACUCUCUUAAUAAACAAGACACACCCUGUGUCUUCUAACGCGAGUCUGCACGUUUCAAGUCCGUUCUCAAGCCAUACUGGAUCUCAAGAUGUUAUUCCAGCAGUGGUAAUAGCUACGGACAUCUCAAUUGAUCACGUCGAGGAGCAUUUACAAAUUGUCCAGCAGCUGGAGUUUUCAGUUGGUAAAAGUAUACAAGAAAUGGAGGCAGGUGAUCAGCUUGCCAUGUAUAGUCGCGACCAAAUCCAAGAGAGACAGCAUGUACGUGAUGCUUUACUAGUGGUGCAGAACAAGCUCAAGAGAUUGGCUUUUGGUCUCAAUGGAACGUUACUAGAGCUUGAACAUGUCGAGCACGAGGAAGUAUUGCAAUCUGAAAAGCUGAAGGAUGUCUUGGCACUUCAGGAAGAAGAAGAGCGAGAGCAAAAACUUGCAAAGGAUGGAAUCAAAGAAAUGGACUAUGAGACUGGACACUUGAAAAACACGGCAGGAUUAAAUGCUGAACAGCUCAAGAAGUUAGAACUCGUGGAAAAGAAAGCAGAUCCGGCCGUAUUGCACUAUGAUAUGGAACUAUUGGCACAGAUUGCAGUGUUGUUGGGUGUAUCAGCAAUUGGAGGAAUUAUUGCCACGUACUUUCACAUUCCUCCACAUGCUGGAUAUUUGCUGGGUGGAGCGCUAGUAGGACCGUCGUGUUUGGGAGUUGUGAGACUGUACAAGGAAGUGGAGACAAUCUCGCUCUUUGGAUCAGUGUUCUUGCUAUUUGGACACGGAGCGGCGUACACACCGCAACAGCCUGAGGAUAUUAUUCGAAAGCAUUUUCUGGGAGGUGUGACGUAUAUCAUGUCCACAGUGCUACUAGUUGCUUGUGUGGCAGUUUACAUUGCAUGGACGACUUCGUUUGUCGAAGGAUUGAUCAUAGGUCUUGGUGUCUGCUUUUCGAACACCGCUCCUCUGUAUGAACACAUUCGAGAAAAUAGAAUUCAAGACUCAUCUUAUGGUCGGACAGUGACGUCAAUUAUUGCAAUUCAAGAUUUGCUAAUGAGCUUUGCUUUAGGCACGCCAGAAUGGUUUUCUGUGCGUUCCGUCCGUUGGAUUGGUGUCGCCAUGAUACGGACUGUCGUAGCCUACUUUGUGGUUGUAAGCAUGACGGCUUGCUUACAUCAAUAUGUUGUCCCAAAGUUAUUGCGAUUUUUAGCAGCUAUGGAAGAGGUUCACAACGCACCGUUGGUCCUUCUUGGAGUAGUGUCUGUGUGCCUAUUCAUGGCACUCUUCUCAGAAAUGAUCGGGCUUUCGCUCGAUAUGUUCUUUGCUUGUGUCGGUAUGAUUUUGCAUCCAAUGUUUCUAAUUCGGAACGCUGGUGAGAUCCUAACCAUGGUGUUGCUAAUUGUGGGUAUCAAGACGGCGUCCAUGACUGGUGUAAUGACUUUUUUUCGUAUCAGUCCGCGGAAAGCACUCAUGGCUGCUGUCGGUCUAUGCCAAAUCGGCGAACUUGCCCUCAUUUUCAUGAUCAAGGCUCACGCUUCUCAGCUCGUCUCCCGACGGACCUAUCUGUUGUUCGUGGCUGCUAUCUCCGUCUUUCUCGCUUUCUCAUCCGUCCUCAACCGUAGAGUUGCACUCGCUCGUCGGAAAUCCAUUUACCAUAUGCCUUUGACAGCUCAAGGUAAGCUGACGGAAACGCAUCAAAGUUCAAGUAACAUUAUUGACCUUUGCGUUGCCUCACGACAACGAGGAGGAUCCAGCAGCAGCGCUCACGUGGAUGGAAGAGAGGACGAAACUUCGUUGUCGUCAAGGACGCAGUGUCAUUUCCUGAGACCUUUUGGUCAUUAA